UUCAGCAAGUGCACUUCCUUAUGUGCACUUGCUCUUUCACCGUCACUGAUAACAGUUGUUAAUACUGCCUGUAUGUGCUACAGGAGAGAACAUCUUCAGCUGGAAUUUAUUGAUGAAGGAAUAAGAUCAAAGUUAUGACAGAUUCAUAACAUUCGAACUGGAUCCAGAGGAUAAAUACCUUAUUUCAUCUGCUACGCCAAGACAAAUGGACAAAACGCCACAGCAAGCACAGGUGAAUUCGGAGCAGCAACUGCCUCAUAAUGCAAGAAGGAGUUUCAGCUUCUCAUCUCUCCGUAUCAAAAAAAGGCACAACAGCAAUGAAGAAGGUGGAUUUAAAGGGCGGAGAGGGUUGCUGUCAUUUUCAUCAGUACGAGAGACAUCGCGAACGGAGUCAGUCCUAGAUGAAGAUGGUGCUGCACAACUAUUCUGUACCCAGGAGCAGGUGAAGGAGACAGGUGAGCAGCCCAAAGGUAACCUCAUCUCUGAUGUGGAUGGGAAACAUACAGCCGGCCCAUCAGAUGAAGAUGAAGGUGGACGACAAGGGGCCCUCAAGAGGAUUAGUGCUAUGUGGUCCUCCUUCCGCAAGGGCAAAAGAGACAGAGUCAAAGACCCUGAGCCUACAGAGCCACUGGGCCCUGUGGUGGCAGACAACACAUCCAGGCAGCUCCGCUAUGUCAGUGGUCAGUACUUCUUUGAGUAUCUGGUGGUGGUCAGCCUCAAGAAGACCAAGGACGGCAGCAGCUACGAACCUCAGAUCUCCUACCAGUUUCCCAAGAGGGAUGGAAUGGCGAAGUUUCAGAAGGAGGAGGAGGAGAAGACGCUAAAGGCAAUCACUCUGUUUUGUUUCCCAGAGGGCAUCAACUGGGCUCCUCUGACAGAAUACCACAGUGAGACUUUCUCCUUUGUUCUGACUGAGAUUGAUGGCAGCAGAAGAAAUGGAUACUGCAGGAGGUUACUGCCUGGAGGAAAAGGAGCUCGACCACCUGAGGCUUACUGUAUCAUCAGCACACUGGCUUGUUUCGGACUCUUCUCCAAGAUAUUUGAUGAGGUGGAGAAGCGGCGGCAGAUCUCCAUGGCCAUGAUCUACCCAUUCAUGCAGAAGCUGAGGGAAGCUCCAUUCCCAGCUCCAGGAAACACUGUGGAGAUUAAGAGCUUCAUUCCUGAGUCGGGCACUGAGAUCAUCAGACUGACCCGGCCACUGGAUUCCUGGCUGGAGCACGUAAACUUUGCAACGCUGUUCGGCUGCCUGACAGACGACGAGGUGUUACUGGUGUUUGCUGCCGCUGUCUUGGAGAGACGGAUCGUUUUCAUUGCUGAUGAACUGGGCACGUUAUCCCAGGUCAGUCAUGCAGUAGCAGCCCUCCUUUACCCCUUCACCUGGCAGCACACCUUGAUCUCCAUUGUUCCGGAAAUCUUGAUUGACGUAGUGAUGGCUCCCACCCCGUACCUGCUGGGAGUUCAGAAACACCUGCUGGACUUGGUCACUGACCAGGGGGAUCUGCUGGUGGUGGACUUAUCUGAGGAUAAAAAGAAGACUUUCAUUGUUUCAAUAGGUGAUGAAAGUUCUAUUCUGCCCCCGAAGCUCCAAACUGAAAUACUAGAGUCACUAAGUAACAGACAAAAAGCAUCAACGGUGGAGGAGAUGAACCGGGUGGUGUCAGAAGCCUUCCUGCACUUCUUUGUGAAAACAGUCGGCCAUUACAGCUCGUAUGUGAAAUACAGCCAUGCUGGAGAGCAGGGGGUGUUUGAAAAGAGAAGUUUCUACAAGGCCAUUGAGUCCAAGACCACUCGACACUUUGUCAAAAAGUUCAUCCAGACGCAGAUGUUUGACCUGUUUAUCCAGGAGGUGGAGCAGCAGCAGCCUGGACCGCAGCAAGGAAUAUUUCACAGAAAGAUCGUUGAAUACCAAGAGAAGAAGAAAAGGGACAAGGCAAAGAAACACUAGGUCUCAGUGUGGGACCCUGGUUGUAUAUAAAAGAUAUCAUAGGAAAAGAUGUGAAUGUUGCACUGUGUGUUUUGUGUCCUAUGUCAGUUUGGUUUUUAAUUAUGUACCAAUGUGUGAAUUACUGUAUGGCUACUUUGCUGCUACUCUGUGAUACACUGGCAGAAUAAAAGAAUUCAGUUCCACAUGUUGGUUCUCAGCCUGUGGCCACAGUCUGUCGCUGAUGAGCAGGAAAAUCAUUUCAAAUAAAGACUACUUUUUUAAGUCAAA